AUGUUUGCUUGGAGUAAGGGUGUAAUCUGCAAGAAACGAACAGUCACACCCAGAGGCAAGAAGUCGGAUGUAAACCCACGAUCAACGUCAAAUGAUUCUCCUUCAUCCAUGAUUCGAGCAAUUUGUUUUGAUGAAGGUAUCUCAUCACGACAUUCUACGGACCGUUUUGCAAGGAUAGAGGAUAGUGUGAUGCAGGUGGAAGCAGCUCAUCCUCUUUCAGAAAUCUGUAUUGAAUUUCCUGAUCUUUACAUUGGAGGUUACCAUGAAUCAAGAAAAGGACCUCUUGUUGUCACUUUUGAUGGAAAGGCUGUUGUUGGUUAUGGUGGUCGAGCAAAAUUGGAUCUUGAAAUGACUGCAAAUAAAGUCUUAGAUCUUGGCUCUGGCUAUUGGUUCUUGUGA